AUGGUGUGCGUAUUCAUCAAAAUUUUCUGGCACCCGUCCGCGGGCCCCGAGGUGCUUCGCUCUCCGGGGCCCGGCUCGCGUCCCCGGCGUGUCUGCAGCGUGACAGCGGCCACGCCACCCUCCACCUGCGCGCAGCGGCUCAUCGCGGCCGCUGCGGUGGCCGCCUCGCCUUCUGACCCUCCCGGACUUGGGGGGAACCGGAUAAAAAAUCUCAACCGGGGUUUUGCCAAACUGAAGGCACUUGUGCCAUUUCUCCCCCAAAGCAGGAAGCCUAGCAAAGUUGAUAUUCUUAAAGGCGCAACUGAAUACAUACAAGUUCUCAGUGAUGUUUUGGAAGGAGCCAAAGACUCGAAGAAACAAAAUUCAGAUGAGCAGAAUUACAGCAGCAAUACUUCCGAGCCACAUGUAUCCUUGGCCGCGAAGCUAUCGAGAAACAUCGCCCAACAUACCAGCUGUGCCGCCAGCUUGAAGAAAGAAGUGGAAGGGCCUUGGGCAGAUGGUGGCAGUGGUGAGCCAGCCUACGCGUGUCGCAGCAUGCACUCCACAUCUACGACUGGAGUAAGUGCCUCGACCAGGAGUCUGGGAAAAUUCCCAGAAGUAGGACUCCUG